GCCGGCGCCCCCGACACGUGAUCUGGAACCGGCUGUGUCGCUUGGUGACUCGGUCUGUCCGUCCGUCCGCGGGUGCCAUCAUGGCGGACGCGGCCAGUCAGGUGCUCCUGGGCUCCGGUCUCACCAUCCUGUCCCAGCCGCUCAUGUACGUGAAAGUGCUCAUCCAGGUGGGAUAUGAGCCUCUUCCUCCAACAAUAGGACGAAAUAUUUUUGGGCGACAAGUAUGUCAGCUUCCUGGUCUCUUUUGUUAUGCUCAGCACAUUGCAAGCAUCGAUGGGAGGCGUGGGUUGUUCACAGGCUUAACUCCAAGACUGUGUUCGGGAGUCCUUGGAACUGUGGUCCAUGGGAAAGUUUUACAGCAUUACCAGGAGUGUGAGAAACCCGAGGAGUUAGUAUCUGGAAAUGUACAAAAGGAAGGCUCAUCUUCCUUUGACCAAGUUAUCAAAGAGACAACUCGGGAGAUGAUUGCUCGUUCUGCUGCUGCCCUCAUUACACAUCCCUUCCACGUGAUCACUCUGAGAUCUAUGGUACAGUUCAUUGGCAGAGAGUCCAAGUACUGCGGGCUGUGUGACUCCAUAUUAACCAUCUACCGGGAAGAAGGCGUCGUAGGAUUUUUUGCGGGUCUAAUUCCUCGCCUCCUAGGUGACAUCAUUUCCUUGUGGCUCUGUAACUCACUGGCUUAUCUCAUCAAUACCUAUGCACUGGACAGUGGGGUCUCUACCAUGAAUGAAAUGAAAAGUUAUUCCCAAGCUGUCACAGGAUUCUUUGCCAGCAUGUUGACAUAUCCCUUUGUGCUUGUAUCUAAUCUUAUGGCUGUCAACAACUGUGGGCUUGCUGGUGGAUCUCCUCCUUACUCCCCAAUAUAUACUUCUUGGAUAGAUUGCUGGUGCAUGCUACAAAAAGCGGGAAAUAUGAGCCGAGGAAACAGCUUGUUUUUCCGGAAGGUUCCCUUUGGGAAGACAUACUGUUGUGACCUGAGGAUGUUAAUUUGAAGAUGUGGGGCUGGGACAGUGACAUUUCUAUAGUCCCAUUGCACAGAAUUAUGGGAGAGAAUGUUGAUUUCUAUACAGUGUGGCGCGCUUUUUUAAUAAUCAUUUAAUCUUGGGAAAAUGGAGGUGAUUGGUGUCUGCCUUUUUUGUUCUUUUUCCUAGUACAACAUCAUUUACCACUGGUAUUCCCUGUUAGUUAUUUGAAAUGGGACAUUUUUUCUCCAAAUUCUUGUUUUAAACAUAAAAUAGAAGUAUUUUCCUAAAGGAACAAGUAGGUUGUAAUAUAGAUUUGAGUCUCAUGUUAGGGCUUUGUCAAAUGAAAAAUAGAAUCCCAAUAAGAAGGAAAUCAUUCCAUAAAAGCUGAGAAAUAAAGAAGGCAUACCAUGUGGGAGUUUAUGAAUUACCUUGAGUAGAUAUAUGCUAGAGUCAGCAGCAACCACCAGUCUACCUCCCACCGUGCUUCCAAGCAGUUGACCUCUCACCUCUCAGUGCUGUUGAGUUACUGUAGAAGAUACCUGCAGAGGUCUCCAUGCCUUCUGUUACUCUAGAAGAGAACACGGUCAACACUGACAAAGAAAAAGGACAGUUACAGAGGCUUAAGCAAGAUUUGGAAAGGAAAUAGAUGGCCUUUCACUCCAAAGAAGCUCUUGAUUUCCUGUCACACAAGAAGCAGAUACUGCAGCACAGUACCCUAAGUGCUUAGUACCCACCAGCCCCUAAGGUCUUGUCUUCACUGUGGUCCGUUGCAUAUAAGCUUCUGCUCCUAAGUUUGUUUCCCUUUUGUUACUGCAGAAGGUGAGUCGUUUGGUUUUCAUUUCUGAUGACACCGUUGGAAAGUGUAUUUAUAACUCCUUAUCUGGUAAUGUGGACCAAAGUCCACGUGGUUCCUAGGAUAUUGCCCAGCUCGCAUGUCAUACCCUCAGUUAGGCAUGUUAAAAACACUCACUGGAGGAAAGUUCUCAACUCAAGCAUAAAGCUCCUAUUUACUCAGGCCUUUUAACAUCAGCUUAAAUGCUCCUAAGAUGGGAAAGCCUCAACUGUCGCUUGUUUAAGUAAUUCACUGGUACUUUGCCAAAUGAGUGAGCACUAAUUGCUGCUUUUAGACUUCUAUCAAUGUGGCAGAGUCCAUGAUGAUAGGUAAUGUGAGCAUGCAGGGUCUUCUCCCGCUCAGGGUUUAGGGAUACAACCUGAAGCUCAUGAGUAGCUUAGCUUGAAAUGUCUUUGUCAAAAGUACUUUGUCUCAAAAGUAAUGUAAAUUUUAUAUUCUAUUCAAUAUUACCUGCAUCUGUUUUAAUAUAAAAAGUGUUUUUGCAUUACCUACUCUUUUCUCCCCAAAAACCCGUCAAGUAAAGAUGAUCUAGGAAAAUGCA